CGUUGACUAAUGCGACAGAGCAAGAUCGGUCGACGGAAGUCACGCAUUUUCCAUCUUGAUCUCUUAUGCACACAUCAUCGACACCCCUGCCACCAGCGUCCAUGGUGUCGUCGCCGCUCCCAAGCACAUUCCGCCACCGCGACAUGGUUGCAAGCCCCGCCACGUCCAUCCCGUCCAUGGACGACUCGUCCAGCGCCGACGAAAAGUACCCUACGUUUAACCAGAUGCUGCGAAGCUCGUCGACGCCAUCGACUGCGAAGAAGACGUUCAAGCUCAAGAAGGACGAUAGCGAAUCCAGUCGGGAAAUCCGACGCGAGUACAAGAAGGAAUGGUAUGAAAAGAACCGCGAAAAAGCUCUUGCCAAGAUGAAGGAGUACUACGAAAAGAGAAAGCAAGCUGGCACGCUGCACCGUCGGUGCGUCAAGCAAAAGAAAGUUGCGCAACAACCCACGACUGCCACUGUCGCUCCGGUCGUGAGAUCGUUGCCGUCCAUGGUCCAACUUCAACACCGACAUGCGUCCAUGACGGUUGCGGGAUUGAUGCCGCCGCCUCCCUCAUCGCGAUACGUCCACGAAGACCGAUGCAUUCCCCAAAUCACGCUUCCUUCUCCGUGGGCAAGCGACCGACCAUUGCCAUCGUUGUCAGAGCAAACCCGUCGUCCGCACUUUUUGAAUCAUAACCACCACCAACACCACCACUUGAGCACUCCCGCGUGUCCUGCCGCUCCCACUACUGCUGUUGCGCACCUGAACUUGCUCUGCGAAGUGGCGCUCAUGAACUAACACGUUCCAUCACUUUCAAGGCCCCCAAGACCUUCCUCGGAUGAUGCGAAGGCACCUACUUCAACGUUCGCGUUGAUUUAUUCCCCGAAUUUCACGAAAUUAUGAAUUAAUUACAAUAAUUACCUAUAAAAUCCAUACAAUCUUCAAUAUACACAGAUGGAUUUUCAACCGAAU